AUGGUCUUGGCUUUGCUUGCGCCCGGAGCACUGGGCUCGCCUAUGAAUGUCAAGCAGGAAGGAUAUGCCAGCGGCAAGGCUCUCACGGCCAAGUACGACAUGUAUCCUGGCGAUACUAGUGACUUCAACCAAGCACACUUCACUUUCCAGCUGGCCUGGGAUUCAGCGUACGCUUCAGCUCUGCAUAUGCAGCAGAAGCUAACAGGCUUAUCGGACGAUACUACUAUGGCGCCCUGCUUAGCUGCGAUGAUGAUAAUGACAGGUUCGAGUGCGGUGCGGCUUAGAUCGCUCAUGGCGGUGUCGAGGACGCUCGACGGUCUGAUUGGUACUUUGCUGGACCGGAUUCAGAUGCUACCAUCCGCCUUUCACACAAGGCUGACGGCACACUGA